UAAAACUUUUAAAGAUGAAAAAUGUUAGAGAUCCACUGGUCGGAGCAAUUCUUAUCAUUUAAAUGAGUUUCAGGGAAACUAGUAUCAAGGUUGGAUUAGGGCUAGGAUGUCAGGAGAACUGAUGAUGGAACGGAGGAGCGUAGGUCCUGCAGCUGGUCAGCUUGGGAGCUCCAGACUUAGUGGAAGUCUGAGCCGAGCUGGAACAGCUGCUUUGACCUCUAGCCUUGCUGAACCUCCUUCCCCCAGCAAACCUGGAUCUAUGGAGGAUGCUAUCAGAAUGUGGUUAAAAAUAGGAAACGUUGAGAGAUUACAGGGUGCAGUUCUGGACGGAUAUGGAUGGUUUCUUCGGGAUCAAACAUCAAGGAUUUCAAAAGUUAACAAGUUUCUUCGUAAAGUGCCAGACUUUCAGGAAAAGAUAGAUUUGAUACAUGAUCUAACUAUACGAGGUGAACUAGGACGUCUCAAAGUCAUGUUGGACAGAAAGAUCUGGAUAACAGCUCGAGAUCAUUUUGGGCACUCUCCUAUGCACAAGGCAGUCAUGGCAAAUCAAGAAGCAAUUCUCAGGUUUUUGAUUCAAGAGUUCCCGGAGUCAAUAUCGUUCAAGGAUAAU